GAAACCCACGCCAUUGUUCUGGUGGGCAGAGGCCAGUGAGGACCCGGGACGCUGAGGCGACCUGUGACAGAAGUAAUGCAGGGUCCCCGACUUUGCCACUGUUAGGACUGUGGAACGGGACAGCAUGAGGCGGGAAACCAUCUGUCCUUUCGGCCACCCUGGGUCUGGCUCAUUUGCUGCACCAGCCACACUUGAGUGUAGACAGCGGCUAUGAGAGACUGGGGACUCCUAGGCACGGUGGGCUUUUAGCCAAACCUCCGGAUUGGGUCCCUGGUUCCAGCCACACCUCUUUUGGCACUUCCUAGAGUUUGCUCUCCCUUAAAAGCUAAACCUUUAUUCUAAAACCUUCCAGAGAGCCAGAAACAUCCCAGAAGCCAGCAUUUAGGUGGAAGAGAUGGCUGGAGCUGAAGAACCCACCUGUCCUCACUCCACCUGGUUUGAUUUCCUCACCUGAACUGCUGAGCUGAGCCCCUGCAGGGCUUUGCCAACGGAUGAGAUAUGGUUCUGAAACCUGAAUCCAGGCGAUGAGACUGAAAUUUGCUUGGCCUGAGUUAUAGAGAUACAACUUGCAAAACACUCCUGAAACAUGAAACAAGAAGAAUAAUAUUUAAAUAUAAUAUAAUCAUUAUACCUCUUUAUCUAUCAAAGUGGCUUUAUUACCCUCUCUUUCAUCUGUUCUCAUAUGUUGCAUCAAAUAUUGGGUAAAAAAGUGUGUAGGAAGAAAUAAGUAUUUUUAUAAAAGUCAUUACUCUUUGCAAUGAGAGUGCUAAGGUUCAAGCACAUCUUUUGGAGAAGCUUUGAUGACUCAAGUGGAGCAUCCCAGACAGUGUUCACCUUCCUUCUGAUUCCAUGUUGCUUGACUCUGGAUUUCAGAGCAUCACCUAUUAUCCCAAAGGUGCCUUUCCUCUGGGCCUGGAAUGCCCCUACUGAGCUUUGUGUUGGAGCACUUAAUGAGCCACUAGAUCUGAGCCUCUUCUCUUUAGUAGGAAGCCCCCGAAAAAAUGUCACAGGCCAAGAUGUUACAAUAUUUUAUGUUGAUAGACUUGGCUACUACCCUUAUAUAGACCAUGCGGGCACAGUUGUGCAUGGAGGAAUCCCUCAGAAUACGUCCUUACAAGACCAUUUGGACAAAGCUAGGCAAGACAUUCUUUAUUACAUACCAACAGACCAUGUGGGCUUGGCUGUCAUUGACUGGGAAGAAUGGAGGCCCACUUGGGCAAGAAACUGGAAGCCUAAAGAUAUUUAUAGGACUCAUUCUAUUGACUUGGUUCGGCAAAAAAAUGCAAGCCUCAGUGACGCAGAAGCUACCAAGAUAGCCCAAGAUGAAUUUGAAAAGGCAGGAAAGGAUUUCAUGGUAGAGACUUUAAAAUUGGGGAAAUCACUUCGGCCAAAUCACUUAUGGGGUUAUUAUCUCUUUCCUGAUUGUUACAAUCAUAAUUAUAAACAACCUGGUUUCAAUGGAAGUUGCUUUCAUAUAGAAAAGAAAAGAAAUGAUGCUCUUGACUGGUUGUGGAAAGAAAGCACUGCCCUCUUCCCAUCAAUUUAUCUGAACACAGUAAUGUCUCCUACACAAGCUGCACUCUAUGUGCGAAAUCGAGUUUAUGAAGCCAUCAGGACUUCCCAAAUACCUGAUGCUAAAAGGCCACUUCCGGUUUUUGUAUAUGCCCGCCUAGUUUUUACAGAUGAAACUUUGAAAUUCCUUUCUACGGAUGACCUUGUGAACACACUUGGUGAAACAGUUGCUCUUGGUGCCUCUGGAAUUGUAAUAUGGGGAAGCCUUAGUGUGCUGAGAAGUACAAAACCUUGCUUGAACCUAGAGGACUAUAUGCAGGCUACACUGAAUCCUUACAUAAUCAAUGUCUCCCUAGCAGCCAAAAUGUGUAGCCAAGUGCUUUGCAAGGAGCAAGGCGUGUGUACAAGGAAAGACUGGAAUUCAAGUGACUAUCUUCAUCUGAACCCAACGAGUUUUGCUAUUCAAAUUGGGAAAGGUGGAAAGUACAUUGUGCGUGGAAAACCCACAGAUAAGGACUUGCAAGAACUUUAUGACAAAUUUCACUGCAGCUGUUUUAAUGACUACAAUUGUAAUACUAAAGAUACUGUAAAAGACAUUACUUCUAUUAAUGUGUGCAUUGCUGAUGGUGUUUGUAUAGAUGCCUAUCUAAAAUCAGAAGCCAGUGAUCUACUUUCUGGCUUGAAUGAAGAAACUUAUUCCAUUUCCUAUGUUGUCUCAUCCUUCACACCAUCUAUCACAAUAGUCUUUAUUAAUAUUUUGUUUCUCACCAUGAAUUCUGCUGUGAGUUUGUAAUUCUACAUGUUAGCUGAAAUGAACAGUAUGUACAUUUUUAAAUAUGAUUUUUAAACUAA